AUGCCCACUUCAAGGGAGACUUCAUCCUCCGACAGCUCUACGGUUUCCGACGACCCAAGCACUCACAAUGCGCAGGAGAUGCUCUCAGACCUAAUGCAGCUACCUUUCGCUGAUUUCCACCAUUCCGACUCAUCUUCCGAUUCCGAGUAUGACCCCGCCACCGACCUGUUCUCAGUGUUUUCACGACACACGUUGCUGGUGGAAGUGACGAGACCGAGACCAAUCGACAACCCUGAACCAAUGAGGGAGAAGAUGGAGGCAGUGGUUCGAAACCUUGACGGGGUAGAAGGCUGGACGGCAUUGAUCCCCUCAAGGCUAGUUGGCAGCUACUGGGAGGAGUCGGUGGGGCUUCCCGUCCCGGGGAAGAAGCUGCUGGAGAACCGCGCUGUGGCUCGGGGCAAAUCAGGCGAUAAAGACGUCUGUCGUGAGAAUGACGAUGCCGAACUCCCUGCCUCAAUCUCCACCCCCGAGUCCGAGACCACCUCCAACAGUCGUGCAAAGGGCCGCAUUAGUCAUUUGGACCCGGUUGACGAGUCGCAGCCCGGUGUGACCUUCACCUUCGAGAUCAAAGGCCUGUCGAUCGUCAUAGGCAUCAUGCUCGGAAGGCUACUUGCCCGAUGGGGGGAGAAUCAGAUGGGCGACUGCAUCCUUUCUUGGUACUCCAAUGCUUGUGUGGUAUACGAGAGCGAUGGGGAGUGCGAAGGCAGGGUGUCCGAGCCUUGA